GACAGAGGCGGAGCACUCUCCACCCCUGGUAUCCGUGACCCCCGGGGAGACGGGAACGGGAGGAAGGGUCCGUUUCGGAGUGACGGUGCCGAGAUGCACUCGGCGGAGACCAGGAACUCCUGACCCCCGGUUUCGUCCGUGACUCGUAGCGGGUAAGGGCUCGGGAACGUCGAUCCGAGCGGUUCGGUUGACGAGACAGGAUUCCUCUUGAGCGCUUCUCGACCCGCUAUUUAUUCGCGAUACGCGUUGUUUGUCGCGCGUUUCGGGUCGGCGGAGAGGGCUUGUGAAACGCGCGAGGGCCGCGUCCACGGAGCGGCCGGUACGGAAAGCGGCUGGCGCGACGCUACGGCCUCGCUCGGUUUUCUCCGCCCGUGUUCGGCGAUUCGACUAUUUAUUCGGGCUCGAGGCCCGUUGUCCUCGCCCGCCGAUGGUCGGGCGGGCGGCAUACAGACGAUGCAACCACAUGCAUCGUUACAAGGUCCGCAAAAAAAAAAUGUGGAUGAAUAUUUCGCAACGCAUGUCCAAAAGAAAUUAUAAUUUUACAGUAACUCAGCUGUAUAACAAAAUGGAUACUCUAAAAAGACGUUACCGCCAGGUGAUCGACCAUAAUGCUCAGAGUGGAAAUGACAGAAAAGAAUGGAUAUAUUUAGAGCCAUUAGAUGAAGUCUUUCGCAACAAGUGCUGGGUUAAACCACUAUCUGUAGCGGGGUCAGACAUUCAAGAGCCAGAAAUAUCAUUAUUCGAGGAUAAACCAUCAAGUAAACAAAAGAGGAUAUCAUGGAAUAAAGAGAAAUCACAUUAUCUGCAAACAUCGCUGGAAAAGAAAAGAUUAAAAAGGGAAGAGACUACUAAAUACCAAGCCGAAAAAUUAAAGAUAUUAAGGAAAUUGAAAGAAGCUUUUGAAAAGAAAAAGUAAUGCGCACAAAUUUGUUAAACAUAUGGAACAAAUAUAGUACCCGAGGAAUUAAGAAAAGGGAAAAAGGAAAAGAAAGUGGCAAUAUAAAAUAGUGAUAAUACAUGUGAUAGUAGAAUAAGAUUGACAGGUGAUAAGCAAAAUUUUAUUUAUGAGGGUAAAAAGAAGUUUGAAUGAAUAAGAUAGGAAGAUAAUAAGAUUAUAAUAAACCAAAAGACUGAAGAUUAUAAUAAACCAAGAUUAUAAUAAAUUUAUUUAGUUAUAAA